GUUGCACCGGUCAUGCUCAUCCUUUGAGAGAACGAUGGAAUGUCAACGGUGAAGAGCUACACUCAAUUCUUGUUGCGUUUAGCCGUGCAAUAGUGUACCUUAAUUGGGAUAUCUAAAAAGACAGUUGAUUUACAGUAAUACAGAAUAAUGGCUCGAGUAGUGAAAGUGUUUCGGACGUUAAGAAAUCACUGGAAAAAAUCCACAUUUGCUGUGUGUGUGCUGUCAUAUGGAGGACACUGGCUAUAUGGAAAGCACUGUGACAAUGUGCUGCGACGAGAAGCAUGUAUAGAGGCCAGGGCAUUUGGUCAUCAGUUAAUUGGACCUCAGGAGCAUCUGAAGAAAGCCAUAGUCAUUCUAAAUCCUGCUGCCUGUAAUAGAAAAGCUAAUAGUUUGUUUGAGAAGAAUGCAGCUCCCAUUUUACACUUAGCUGGUGUGGAGGUCAAAAUUGUGAAGACUGAUUAUGAAGGCCAGGCAAAAAAGCUCAUGGAAUUGAUGGAUCAAACAGAUAUGCUGAUCAUUGCUGGAGGUGAUGGGACAUUACAGGAGGUGAUAACUGGCUUACUGCGCAGAGUUGAUGAGGAGACCUUCAGUAAAAUACCAAUCGGUUUCAUUCCUCUGGGUUCCAGUAACUCUUUGAGUCAGAGUCUACAUCUGGUUUCUGACAACAAAGUACAGCACAUUACCUCUGCAACCCUGUCAAUACUGAAAGGAGAAACUGUUCCACUGGAUGUUCUGCAGAUAAAAAGUGAGAAGGAGCAGCCAGUGUUUGCUCUGUUUGGCUUGCGUUGGGGUGCAUUCAGAGACGUCACUGCUUCUAUCAGCAAAUAUUGGUACCUUGGCCCCUUGAAAACAAGAGCAGCACAUUGGUUUAGUAGCCUUAAGCAGUGGCCACAGUCUCACCAGGCCUCCCUCUCCUAUCUGGCUCCUGUACCUCGUCCACCUGACCUUCCCACUGAAAUACCACCCCGGCCGAACCUCCUCUACCGCAUCUACCGCAGACUCAAGAACUACUGGAACCCUCCUAUAGAAGAGCCACAGAAAGAGCCUGAGCCAGAGCGAUGGGAGAGCAAAGACAUUUCCACAUUGGAGCUCACAGUUAGCACACACAAUAAGAACCCUGUCAAGAGACGUGAGGACGAUUCUAUGGUGAUAACUCUGGACUCAGACUCCCUCACAGUUGGUCAGUUCAUCACUGAGGGAACUAAGAAAGUAUUGAACCCGAUGGAGUCCAUAGAAGAUGCUUCGCAGAUAGAGGCCAGUGCUGCUAGUCUCAAUCUCCCAGAGGAGGGUGCCGGCUUUUAUGGCAUUGACAAUGAGGAAUAUGAGGCUAUGUCUGUGGAAGUGAGACUGUUGCCACGGAAACUGAGGUUCUUUUGCAGUGCUGAGCGCAGAGAGCAGCUUGCACAGGCUCAGUGAUGACAGUUGUGUUAAUAUGUGCAGAGGAGCCUGAGGAACUGCUGAUGAAACUGGAAAACAUACCAGUUACAACAAAAAGAGGAGUCAAAUGAACUUUUGAGUUCUCAUAAAGAUCACCGUACUCCAACUGAACAAUCUGUGGUCUAUGGACUUUAAGAAACAGCAGUUAAAUUGUCAUUUUGAUGUUUUUUUAACAGCAUGGAUGAUGUUAUUAACUUAAUACAGGCAUAAUGUUCAGGUUUACUUUGAAUGUUUUUUUUUUUUUUUUGGCUCAAGAACUUGCUUAAGAAACUCGCAUGAUACUGAAUGUGUCUGACCAGAUGAGGACCAAGAAUAAAAGUCAUUAUCAAUCUCUUAUUUUGCUUAUUUUAAGACUUCCGCCUGCAUUUGUGAUAAUCUUGUAGCUUCCUUCAGGUAAACCAGUGUUUUGUUUUUCUCAAAUCAACCCCCAAAUACUGCACAAACAAAGCAUGUGAUAGAAAAGAAGGAACCGUUUAUUUCAAAAUGGCAGUGAAUAAGAAUCACUGGCUUUAAAACAACAGACACAUGCUGUUAGUUUGUAUUACUGUAUAGGUAGUGUGUAAGACAGGCAUUACACUAGUGCUUUGUGAUCCUAGUAGAGUAAAACCCAACAUUCUUUGCGCUUGUUAUUGUGACAAAGACUUGUGCAACACUUAGAUAACUCACAAAAAAUAUCACGCAUACACAAUACCAGACGACCUGUACAAUAAUAUACAUUUCCAUUCAUUUACAAUAGGACACUAAAUAACCAACCAACAUCCUACAAGAGGAUGGUUUCAAAGAUUUAUAAUACAGAAAGUUCUUUGAUAGAUAAAUGUAAAAACAAUAUUCACAUUUAAUCAAAUCUAGGUUAUAAGCAACAGUAUUAUUUAUUGUUAAUUUAACUUUUAUUUCACGUAAUUUAAAGAACUUCAUCCAUCAAACUGACAAACCCGAGUGCCUGCACUCAUUCUCAAAUAAUCAAUUAUCAUUAUUUUAUUAGAAGGUUGAAAAUUAGAUGAAAGGAAACUGUAAACUCAAAAGGUCAAGUAAAUACUUUUCUUUUAAACUUCACCAGCUUUAUGAAUAAUUAAGUGUCCAGUUAGGGUUUUCACAGGAUGAACAUAUAAACGCACACAAAACCACAAUCAAUCAGCCUUGUGAGGCCAGUUUGCUGCUCUCCAGAAAUGAUCGACCCAAAUACAUUUAAAUAAGAAACCCCAAGUAUAUACAUAUUCAAAGUCUUUAACAGGUAAUAAUCAGGAGCAUUCACUGAUGACAGACGGGAAUAGAAUCACAUUCAUUUCUUAAGAGCAAAUUAAGGGACUCAAAAAGCUGAAUGUAACAUUUCUGUGUCUGUUUAAAUCAUAUGUGCAUCAGACUGUGCAUUAAAUGUACAAUUUGCAUUCAAUACCAAGAGUGACAGUGAUUAAAGGCCUGUCCAGAAUGAACAAAUACACAUUAUGCUUCAAUUCAUUAGUGUUCAGUCCGUUUAGUAAGUGUAAUAACAGCAAAUGCUUGAACAGAGAAUGGCGUAGACAGCAUUGAAAUGAGUCACAUUCAUCAGAUAUCAUUUGGGUAGUGAAAUAAUGACUGAGAACCUUCUACACUGUUGUUCACUCCCAUUCAUAUACAUCAAUAAGUGCUGUGCCAAACUACAGUAGUGAACUGAUUGUGUCUAUGUGUCCAUGCACAAUAAAAAUCCACAAGUAACACAACAAACACAGUGACUGAUGUCUGUUUUUUCCCCAAAAUGAAAUGACUGUUUACAUGUACAUGAUUAAGU